AUCGAUGUCGUCGAUACUUUUUGUUGUACUUGUACAUUUUUCGCCAAAAAUAAUAAUAAAAGUGAAAAGUUAAUGUAUUUUUGUUGUACAAAUACAAAGAAAAUGUUGUUGAAUUGAUUGGCAAUUUCGCCAUAAAAACGGCCGUAAUAAUACACAAGUGCAAUACGUGGAAACGCUGGUAUUGCUAGCAUGUUGAGCAGAAGAAACCAAUUCAAUGAGCAUUAUUUUUGUGGCUUGCCUUGGGCCACGCCUAACGAACUAAUAAAACAAUCAAACCAAAUCAAAUGCUGAGUUUUUGCCUGAAAAAAAGAAUGCAUCAUUACAGAACUGGUGCUGCUGGAAAUAAGCCGCUUACUAAACUGAACUAAAACAAAAACCAAAAGCAAUUAGAGAAACUAAGCCCGCUGCCUGCCCGCUCGCCCGCUCGCUCGCCCGCCCGAACUGCCUGCCUGCCUGCCCAGCCUGAAGAAAGAAAUGUUAAAGUCUAGCACAAACCCACAGGAAUUGCGUCUGCCACGCCCCGAGGAGCACCAGCCACAGCCCACGCAUCAAGUUGCCGCCGUGAUAGCCAACAAUAUAACGUCUGCAUCAGCCGCAGCAGCAGCCGCAGCAGCCGCAGCAGCAGCAGCAGCAGUAGGAGGAGCAGGAUCCGGCCACAGCAUGGACACGCUUAAGACAACGUUUCUGCCCAAUCUCAGCAUGGACCCGAACGUGAUCAGUCCGCCCUACUGCCCAAUGUGCCAUCAGCAGUUCGAGCGCACCCAGCACGCCGCCGAGCACAUGCAGCUCUGCCAUGGCAUCACACUCAACGCACAGCCCGGCGGCAUACCCAGUCUCGAGCAGCAGCAGCAGCAGCAGCAGCUGAAGCCGCUCAGUUUUGCGUGUUCCAACUGUGAUGAUAAGUUUGGUAGCCCGCUGGAGGUGGACGAGCACCAUCGGCUGACGCAUCAGACCGUCUUUUUGGCGCGCUGCAUCGUUUGCAGCAUUUAUGGCGUCAAUUCUGUUACACAGAAUCCCAACGAAUACAAAUGCUCUCACUGUGGUGCCGUCUGCAAUGCGGCCAUGCUGGCCGCCGGUCAGCAAACGUUUAUGGAGCAUCAGGAGGCGCCGGUGACGCCGGACGAUCUGCCAGCCAUGGCGCCGCGUGAUAUGAGACUGACGCCCGAGGAGCAGCAACACCAGCAGCAGCAGCAGCAGCAGCAGCAGCAACAACAACAGCAACAACAACAACAGCAACAACAACAACAACAACAACAGCAGCAGCAACAACAACAGCAGCUGCAACAGGAGCAACAAUUGCAACAGCAGCAUCAGCAGGAGCAUCAUCACCAGCAACUCGAACAACAGCAGCAGCAGCAACAGGAGCAGCAGCGACAACGUGAACUCCAGGAGCAACAGCAUCAGGAAGACUUGAACGAUCCGGCAACGCCCAAGGUGCCGCCGCUAACGGUAAAACUACUGAAGAACGGCAACGGCGCAACGGUAACACAUCCCCAGGUCAUCAUCAAGGAGGAGCCACUCAGUUUGAGCGACAGCGGCGAUGUGGUCAAUGCGGUGCCUGUCUAUGCCAUACAAGCGAAUCCUGGCGUCCAGCCGGCGGGCACACCUGGUGCCGGUGCGACCAGCGUGCUGGUUAGCACGCAAUCGGUGCCCGCGGAUCUGGCGCAUAAGAUCCGGCAUAAAUGUCCCGAUUGCCCCAAAACGUUUAAGACGCCCGGCACGCUGGCCAUGCACCGCAAGAUACACACGGGCGAAGCAGACGCCACGCCCAAAGAACGCCCCUACACGUGCUCCUACUGCGGCAAGUCCUUCACUCAAUCGAAUACACUAAAACAGCACACUCGCAUACAUACAGGUGAGAAACCAUUUAGAUGUGGCUAUUGUGGCAGGGCGUUCACUGUUAAGGAUUACCUGAACAAACAUUUAACGACUCACACGGGUGAAAAACCAUUUCAUUGUGGCUACUGUGAGAAGUCCUUCAGCGUGAAGGACUAUCUCACGAAACACAUACGCACACAUACCGGCGAAAAGCCGUACACCUGUCCGUACUGUGACAAACGAUUCACGCAACGCAGCGCCUUAACCGUGCACACAACAAAGCUGCAUCCGCUCUAGGAUAGGCCCAACGGUGGCCGGACCAUAAUAGUUGACCCAAAGAGAACCACACAGAAUGUGGCCUAAAACUGGAACUGGAUCGGGAUCGGGAGAUUGAGAGAUUGAGAUAUCGAGAUAUCGAGAUUGGAAGGUGGAGAGCAACUGUAAUGAAAGACGUUCUUUAAAGACGACAACAAUUUGGGGCGCGGAUCACAAGCAACCAACGACUGGCAAAUCUUCAAAGUGCUGCUAGACUCUAAAUUAGAAUUUUUGCUAUCAAAAAAUGAAAAACUUACUUAUAGUAACAAAUUGUACUACAACAACAAUGGCGUUUUCUAUUGUUAAGUUUAACGAUAUUUGAUUUUCCUUCUUUUUUUUUAUAUAUACAUAUAUAUAUAUAUAUAUAUAUAUUAUAUAUAAACCUUGUCAUGUCGUAUAAGUCAUAAUUUUGUUAUUCUCUGAGAUUUUAAUGCAUAUUUUAUUUUGUAUCGUACUCGUUAAAUACUUUUUAUAGCGCACACUCACACCUGCGCGCACACACACACACACCUACACACACACACAUCUAUAUUAUUUAUGCAUAUAAAGUGAAAUACCCCUUUUUAUAUAAAAUAUUAUUCUAUGUUUUAAACUUGUUUCAAGCUAAAACUCAUGUUGACGAUAUUCUUUAACUACGCGCAAAACUUAAAUUAAUUUGUUUUAUAAACAUUUAAAUAUUACACGCACACUUAAUUCGAACAAAGAAAAACACAAAAAAAAAAAACCAAACAAAACAAACCCCAAGUUAUUUAUUCUCAUGCAUUGAAAAAUAUGAUGAAUUUUUCAAAAUUUUUUACUCACUUAAAACGAAACAAAAAAAAAAAAACGCUUUUGCUUAAUUUGCAAUACGAGCAGGAUCUCGUUUGUUUGGCUUUAAAUUUAUUUACGAUGUAUAAAAUUAUAUGGAAAUUAUGUUUUAAAACUAAUUACAAUUAAUAUCGUUUAGUGCUUAUUCAGUUUGUUUGUUUGUUUGUUUUCCUCAUAAUUUAACUGCUUAACUGGUUUGUACAUUCUAAAUGUUAACCAAGCUGUUUUUUUUGUUUUUUUUUAAUAUAAAUUAUUUAAGUUCUUCAAGCGCAUUUUCGAAACGCAAGACAAAAAAGUAUUUAAGUGCAAAAUUGAUAAAUCGAAAAGCAACAAAAAUUCUAUGCAAAACGCAACACAGCUUUACGCGCCAAACUAGUUUAAAAAACAACAACAAAAUAUACAAUAUAUAUAUAUAUACACAUAUACACAUACAAUCUAAUAACAAUUUUUGAUAAACUAAGCUUUUAAAAAAAUGAAAACAAAAAUUAAACUAAAAAGUAAAGAGUCGUAACGUAACAAGCUUAUACGCAUAAUAAUUAUAAUUGUUUUUGUAAUAUAUUAUAAUAAUUAGUUAUUAAAACGAAACGAAAAGCAAAUUAAAAGAAACAUUUUUAAUCAA